UAAAUUAGAAAGUAACGAGUACAGUGUUAGUAAGUAUGUGAUGUAUCAUACAUGUAAACAUUAUUAAUUCCUAAACGUGCAAUUUCAGUUUUCACAAAAAUAAGAAAUCCGUGAAAACUUUAAAGAAAACUUCGCAAUUUACGAAAUCAUCCGUCAGCUGCUUAUGUCUAAAUAAAAUGGAAGCAAAUACAGGACAAGUGAUAAAAACUGCGCUAAAGAAGGGAUUUGAUGGCGGGACUUCAGGGGCUGCUGCAAUGGCAAUACAGGUUUCAAGUUUGAUGUGGAUCCGAACAACAAUGAACUACCAGUACAGAUACGGGACAUCUACCACUCAGGCAUUCAAAAAGCUUUGGACAGAGGGAGGACUAAGGAGGCUAUACAGAGGAGUUGGACCAGCCCUCUUACAGGGUCCACUUUCCAGGUUCGGAGAUACAGCUGCCAAUGUAGCCAUCUUAUCCUUAUUAGAGAAAAGUGAUUUACCAGUCAUUGUUAAGUCGGGAACAGCAUCUCUAGCCGCAGCGUCCUGGAGAAUAGUAAUUAUGCCAGUAGAUACUCUUAAAACUACUCUUCAGGUUGAAGGGAAGGAUGGAUUGAGACUACUAGGGAAUAAGAUGAGACUACAGGGUCCUGCUGUAUUCUGGUAUGGUAGUUUAGCCGCAGCUUCAGCUACUGCUGUAGGUCACUUUCCUUGGUUUUAUACCUUCAACCAACUACAGGCUGUUAUACCUCAGUAUUCAGAAACAUACAAGAAGCUGGCUCGUAAUGCAUUGAUUGGUUUCUGCUCCAGUGUAGUAUCUGAUACUGUAUCCAACUCUCUCAGGGUUAUUAAAACAACACGGCAAACCUACACUACACCCAUUAGUUAUAUUGGAGUAGUAAGGGAGGUAGUAACUAAAGAUGGUUGGAUUGGAUUGUUUGGACGAGGAUUAAAAACAAGAUUAAUUGCUAACGGAAUCCAGGGUUUGAUGUUUUCUGUUCUUUGGAAAUAUUUUAUGGACCUUCAAGAACAAAAUAGAAAGAAAACAGCAUAGAAGAGCCAUUUUUUAUUUGUCAUAAGUAUUAAGAUGAAAAUAUCUUAGUUCAAUCGUAACUAUUUAUAACAAGAUACAGUUUUAGAACAUAAAUUCAAGCUGUAAACCAGUUUUAAAGCUUAUGUACUGCAAUAUGAUAACAAAUAAAGUGGAUGCUUACAUAA